GGAAGAGACAAUACCACCACCAAACACAUUUUAUGCAAGUUGGUUCGGCGAAAGCAACGUACAAAAAUCGACGGUUAUAACUAAAUUUUAUUCAAUUUCUUACUAUAACAAGAUAAACACGUAAAUGAAAAGAAAUCAUCGAUUAAUAGAAUAAUAUUAAAAAAUUGCUCUCACUUGAAAUCUGAUACGAAUCCAAAACUUUAUUACGUCUUUAUUUUAUCUUGAGGAAAAAGUUGAUAACAUCAUAAGCAGGUUCAGAAGAAGAAGAACGGUACCAAAAGAAUGGAGAUCAAAGCUGGUUUGUCAGCACUCGUUACUGGUGGUGCUUCUGGAAUCGGUAAAGGUCUUGUGCUAGCUCUUGCAGAGAAAGGUGUAUUUAUAACAAUUGUUGAUUUUUCUGAAGAAAAAGGAAGAGAAACCGCAACCCUUGUGGAGAAAAUUAAUACCAAGUUUCAUCCUAACUUACACCAUCCAUCUGUCUUGUUUGUCAAAUGCGACGUCACCAACUCAAGGGAUCUAGCUGCUGCAUUUGAGAAGCAUGUUUCAACAUAUGGUGGACUAGACAUUUGUAUUGCCAGUGCGGGGAUUAAUAACCCUAUUCCAUUCGAUAAGGACCCAACGGAUGGCACUCGUUCGUGGAGACACACUCUUAAUGUGAAUUUUAUUGCAGUUUUUGACACCACUCGUCUUGCUAUUAAAGCCAUGGAAGCUUUGAAAAGGCCUGGCACAAUCAUCAAUUUGGGUUCUGCUUCCGGUCUUUAUCCAAUGUAUGGUGACCCUGUCUAUACUGGUUCUAAAGGUGGUGUUGUUAUGUUUACUAGAGCACUCCGUUUAUACAAACGUCAAGGAAUCAGAAUCAAUGUGCUUUGCCCUGAGUUUAUUGAAACUGAGAUGGGCUUGAAGGUGGAUCCCAGACUCAUUAGUAUGAUGGGGGGCUUUGUACCUAUGGACAUGGUGGUGAAAGGUGCUUUUGAGCUCAUCACGGAUGAGAGUAAAGCCGGUCAUUGCCUAUGGAUUACUAAUCGUCGAGGUCUGGAGUACUGGCCCACCCCAUCAGAAGAAGCAAAGUACUUGACACGUCCUACACGAUUCAGGAGGAAAUCUGAAUACCAAGCUCCAUCAAUUAAACUACCAGAUAGUUUUGAGAAAACAGUUGUUCAUACCUUGACUCACAACUUUCGGAACGCUACCAGCAUUGUCAGAGCACCACUGAGAUUACCUAUCAAACCAAACCAUGUUCUUGUGAAGAUAAUUUAUGCGGGUGUAAAUGCCAGUGAUGUAAAUUUUAGCUCAGGCCGCUAUUUUGGUGGCAAUAACAAAGAGACUGCAGCCCGUCUUCCAUUUGAUGCAGGAUUUGAGGCUGUGGGAAUAAUUGCAGCUGUCGGGGAUUCUGUCACUGACUUGAAAGUUGGCAUGCCGUGUGCAUUCAUGACUUUUGGAGGCUACGCUGAAUUCACAAUGAUUCCUUCAAAAUAUGCCCUUCCAGUGCCUAGACCAGAUCCAGAAGCUGUUGCCAUGCUUACUUCAGGAUUAACAGCUUCAAUUGCUCUAGAAAAGGCAGGACAGAUGGAAUCCGGAAAAGUGGUCCUUGUUACGGCUGCUGCAGGAGGAACUGGUCAAUUUGCUGUUCAGCUUGCAAAAUUAGCUGGUAAUACCGUGGUUGCUACUUGUGGAGGUGGGGCAAAGGCCAAGCUUCUGAAAGAGUUGGGGGUCGACAGAGUCAUUGACUAUCACAGUGAAGAUAUAAAAACGGUUCUAAAGAAAGAGUUCCCGAAAGGUAUUGACAUCAUCUAUGAGUCCGUUGGUGGUGACAUGUUAAAAUUGUGCUUGGAUGCUUUGGCAGUCCAUGGACGACUUAUUGUCAUUGGCAUGAUUUCUCAGUAUCAAGGAGAAAAGGGUUGGACACCGUCAAAAUAUCCUGGACUAUGUGAGAAGCUCUUGUCGAAGAGUCAAGCUGUGGCUGGCUUUUUCCUGGUUCAAUAUAGUCACAUGUGGCAAGAACAUCUUGACCGACUAUUUGACCUUUACUCUCAGGGAAAGCUAAAGGUUGCCGUGGAUCCAAAGAAAUUUAUAGGCCUGCAUUCUGUUGCUGAUGCUGUUGAGUAUCUUCAUUCAGGCAAAAGCGCCGGGAAGGUGGUUGUCUGCGUGGACCCAACCUUCUCUAACCAUGCAGCCAAAUUAUAAGUCAACACAUGUCAAAUACAGAAGGAAGUCAAGUUUUCAGCUCUUAGCCUAAAGAGUGUUCUCAAAUGUUACUGGAAAUAGCUGCUAAACCAGUGCUGAAAUAUUCUCGAUGUUUUCUCAUUUUUUGAUUACUUGAAAGAAUAAUGCAAUUUAUUUUGGUGAGAAGAAUAAUGCAAUUAUGUAUACCAAGUUUAUGUUUACAGUUACAUUACAGAAUACAUAUCAACAGAACAAAACGAGAUAUCUUGUUCUAACAGUAACACUUCUACAUAAAAGACACAAAAAUAAUUUAUGACUUAUA